AUGCUAACGCAAGCACUCCUCAUUGCUCUCGCGGCGAGCGUCGACGCCGCCUACCUGCGCGCGUCCGAGUCGCGGCGCCUCGCGGGCCACGGCGGCGAUCACGACGACAACGGCUCUCUAGGCGGCUGCACCAACGACCCGGACUGGUGUGUUAGCGGUGUCCUGAAUCGCGCUCUCUCGACGCGUCGACGGCGUUGAGGCGGACGCUAUCGACGCUCACCCGCCCACGACGCAGGCACCACAAGAACCGCGGUCCCGAGUACGACUGCGCGUGGGUCGCAGGCGCGGCGCGGCCCCUCGCGGCGAGAGCUCGGCCUCGCGGCUCGAGCGCUUCGGGAUCUGAUUAA